CUUCCACUGACAUUCUGCCGAAUUGAACCCCGGCCGAAUUUGACCGGCUUGGACAUCGCGUUUUAUUUUUGAACAUGCUUAUGGCCAAAUGCACUUUACUUGUCGUCUUCCUUUUGAUCGCCUGUUGCCAUGGCACACAUGAAAAGGAAUCAGGUGGCAUUGGAGAUGAAGAGGUUGAAGCAAGAGGUAGAACACCCGCUUUGAACUCCACCAAUAAUAUGACACGUUUCACCUGUGGAAUCAUGGCAAAUUUGGCCGCCGUGCUGCUAUACGGGAGCAGCUUUGUUCCGGUUAAACGGAUCGAGGCGGGAGAUGGAAUGUUUUUCCAGUGGGUGUACUGUGCAGGCAUCUGGUUGGUGGCCAUGAUCGGAGAUGUGAUGCUCCGCUCUCCCAAAUUUCAUCCUUUGGCAAUGCUCGGGGGUGUCAUCUGGGCCACAGGCUGCGUGAUGGUUGUCACAAUCGUCAAAGCCAUUGGGCUCAGUCUGGGGGUUUUAAUCUGGGGCUCCUCCAGUUUGCUGAUUGGCUGGGCCACUUCAAGGUUCGGAUGGUUCGGGAUUACUCCCGAGGAUGUUUCGCGUCCGGUGUUGAAUUACUGCGGCGCUGGAUUGUGUCUGCUCAGUGGCAUGAUAUUUUUCUUUGUGAAAACAGACGUGCAGCUUCAUCCUGAUCCCGAAAUUGUCCCGUUACUCAUCGACAGGCGAACCAGCUCCGGCUCCUACAGCCCGACUUCAUCCAUGUUCUGGAUUGACUUUGUUGGAGUCAGACGCAGACGCUUCAUAGGCUUCCUGUUGGCCGUGUUGUCUGGCAUCUUCUUCGGCUCCUCCUUCACGCCAAUGCUCUACAUCAAGAGUCAUUCGUCAUGCCCUGACAGCAUGUUCCACGGAGCCAGCGUUUACGACUUGGAUUAUGUCUUCGCCGAAUGUUGUGGGAUAUUUGUGGCCAGCACGGUGUACUUGGCCAUCUAUUGUGUUGUCAUGAAGAGCAGGCCAAGGAUCUACUCCAGGAUCAUUCUACCAGGCCUGUUGUCGGGGUCAAUGUGGGUGCUGGCUACGUACUGCUGGACUUUGGCCAACAACUACUUGAGUGUCGUGGUCACCAUUCCCAUUGUGACAGCAGGAAACGGGCUUGUUGCAGCACUCUGGGGAAGUCUGCUGUUCAGGGAGAUUAAGGGGUUAAUGAACUGCUUAAUAUUCUGCCUGGCAUCCUGCGUGGUGUUGACGGGCUCCUUGUUGACAGCCAUCUCCAAUUUGUAAUUUAUACGCAUAUACACGUGGUUUAUAAUCACAGUAGUGCACUGCAAGCACAUGGAAUGUCUUGCAGCGGCUUCUGACUA